GGCUUGAAAUGCUGCGUAGAUCACGGACCGACUGCGCAGAAAGCUAGGCCUUCUCCAGAGGAGACUGCGUCAACAAAACUGUGCGACAUUUCCUCACUCAGAGUAACGACGAUCUUACCAUUUUCUGGGCACUCCAUCGUCACGCCGUUGCACCAGCUCGAGUCCCCUGGCGAGUCAAGGUGGUUGGUACCCACAGCUCCAGUGCUCGCAGUGGUGCCUAUCGGAAUGGCAUCCGUUGCGUGCGCUGCAACGCUUCAUAGGCAUCACGACGCAGUAGCGCCAGCCGCAUUGCCUCGUCUUCCCAGGCACACUACAUUGGCCGUGUGCGCGAAUCCUCUGUGCCAAGCAGCGCGCCCCACAGCGCUUCACGCGCGGAGUCACUACGUGCGGACGGGGCAGCCCGCGCGAUUGCGCGGAGGGGGGCGGCGCUCAAUACGGGCGUGCAGCGCAGAAGUUGCGGGGGUGGCGGCGCAGACGACGCGGAGGAGACGCGCGGGGCAGAGCAGCAAGGGCGAAGGGGGGGAUGAGGGCGAGGAGGAGCAGGGGGGAGCGGGGGAUGGAGAGGACGAGGAGGAGAACAAGGACGAGGCAGCAUCACCAUCCACUCCCUGUCUGCUGGUCCUAGUAGAGUCACCCACGUCCUUCUCAUUCGAGGCGCACCCGCACUCCGACGACCCCGCCGCCACGGCCUUCUGGCUCUCCUCCCUGCGCCCCGUGCCGCGCCUCACAGCGACCGUGCUGCUCUCCGACAUCGAGUCGCGCGUGGCCAGCAUCCGCCGCAGGCGCCCCCCGGUCACCGAGUCGUCCUUGCACACCGUCGCCUUCUUCCUCGCCCUAGGCCUCACACCCGCGCGCGUGCUGGACCUCUUCUCGCGCGUGCCGUCGCUGCUCAAGAGCCGCUGGCACCACGACCUGCUGCCCAAAUUCCACGUGCUGCUGGCGGCGGGCGUGGACCUUCCGUCCAUGCUGUUCGCCGUCAACUCCAUCCCCAACUGGCUGCGCUGCGAGGUGGGCGGGCUGACGGGCGUGGUGGAGUUCCUGCAGGCCAUGGGCGUGCGGCGCGAGAAGAUGAACAGCGUGGUGCGCCGCGCGCCCGCCGUGCUGCAGUACGACGCCAUCAACAACCUCUGGGCUUGGGCUGAGGCGCUGGCUGGACUCAUCAUGCAGGAGGACGUGGAUGAUGGGGAUGGCGAGGAGGGGAAGGAGGGGUCGGGGACGUGGGACGAGGGAGGGCAGCGGGUGGAUGGAGAGGAGGAGGGGGGGGAGGAGGGGGAAUGGGGGGAAGCACCUGUGCAACAACUGGCUGUUGAGAGAGAAACUGAGCUACCAGAAGCACCCGCCACAGCAGAGGCGUCAUCGGAAUGGGCGGAAACACCCCCAACCCAUGCAGCAGCAGCAGCAGCAGCAGAGAGCCAGCCGGCCACAGACACCAAAGGCGAGGCCCCCCUGGUGAUAUCCCCUCAGCUGCAAGCGGCCAUAGCGAGCCGAAUGUUCGGGCAGUUCAUCGAGAAGUACCCGCGCAUCGUGUCCAACUCCGCCGCCUUCAUCACCGCGCGCGUGCGCCUGCUCUGCUCGCCCACCUUCGGGCUGCGCCUGCCGAAGCUGCUGCGCAGCGCCAACCUGCUGGGCAUCCGUGAGGAGAAACUGCGCGCCGCACUGGCGUUCCUGGAGCGCGAGGUGGCGCGGAGCAGCACCGACGUGCCCAUGCUGGUGAACGCCCAGCCCACCAUCCUGGGGCUGGGCACCGACAACCUCAAGGAGAAGGUGCUGUGCGUCACCCGGCUGCUCGAUGGGCCGGGCUACGCUGCACGUGCAGUGGGCGGUGAGAGUGGAGACCGAGGGAAUAGUAAUGGCGCUUCUGCAGCAGUGGGUGUGACAAGAGGAGCCAAGAGUGAAAGAGAACAAGAAGCCCCGUCAGCAGCACCUUCAGCUGCACCAGCUGCAUCAUCUCCAUCAACAGCAGCAGCAGCAGCAGCAGCAGCAGCAACAGCAGCAACAGCAGCAACAGCAGCAACAGCAGCAACAGCAGCAACAGCAGCAACAGCAGCAACAGCAGCAACAGCAGCAGCAGCAGCAACAGCAGCAACAGCAGCAACAGCAGCAACAGCAGCAACAGCAGCAACAGCAGCAACAGCAGCAACAGCAGCAGCAGCAGCAGCAGCAGCAACAGCAGCAACAGCAGCAGCAGCAGCAGCAGCAGCAGCCCCAACACCCCCACCAUCCCCUCCAUCCCCCCGGUGGACCAUCUGCGGGCCUGCCGCACGCGAGGCCUUCCGCGUGUACCCCUCGCUCCUGGCCACCAGCGUGAGCACCAUCGAGGACACCUUCGCCCACUUCCAAGCGCGCUUCCCCCCUGACGCCGUGCACACCCUCGUCUCCACGUACCCGUACCUGCUGACGCGCAAGUGGGAGCGCAAUCUGGGGCCCAAGCUGGACUUUCUGGUGGAGGAAACGGGGCUGGACGCCAGCGAGGUGCUGCACUACCCGCUCUACUUCACUCACAGCCUGGAGCGCCGCAUCAAACCACGGAUUGUGGCGUUUAAAGCAGCGGGGUUUAGGCUGGUGUCUGCUGCAGGGGGGGCGCAGGGGGAGGUGGUGGAAGGGGGGGAGGGAGGGCAGGGAGGGGAAGGAGGGGAGGCGAAGGGUGCGGUGAGGGGCAGAGGGAGGCCUUCUAGGGCAAGCUCUGGGCAGUGGAUGCACGAUGGAGUGUGCUUGACGACUGUGCUGCACUGCACAGAUGACGAAUUUGCUAAGAGAUUUGGGAUUCGCCCGGGGUUGCCAAGUGAUUAGGGCGGUUGUGGCUGGUGGAACGCUUGAAUAAGUAAAGUUGCACAUUGCAUUGUUUACAUGUGGCGCUCGUUUCUGCCUGACAGUGCUAGUAGUACUGGUUGUGAAAGGAAGCCAGGGACCAGAUUCUUUAGUUGAGAGCAGGUGCCGGAUUGGAUUUGGACCACACU